UGGAGAUGGAGAGAGGGAGAGAGGGGGGUUAUGAUGAAGAAACUGGACAGCCAUACCCAUACCCUCCAGAGUAUUUCUACCUCAAGGGACAUCCAGGUGAGAAUGGAACGCCUGGACAAAAGGGGGACAUUGGAGAAAAGGGACAAAAGGGAGAGCCAGGCAUCGGCCACAGAGGUCCAGAAGGGCAGGCUGGUCCUCCGGGACAGAAGGGUGAGCCAGGUGAGCCGGGGCCUCCAGGCGCUCAGGGCAUCCAGGGUAUCAGUGGUAACGCAGGCAUGCAGGGUUCUCCAGGCCUUAGAGGUCCCCAGGGGGAUCCAGGAGACCCGGGCAGAGAGGGUGAUAGGGGUAAAAGGGGAAAGAAUGGAUCGCCUGGACCUCCUGGGCCUCGAGGAACACCUGGACCUCAUGGUCCUCCUGGUCUGCCUGGAGUAAAAGGAGAAAAGGGUGACAGUAUUCCUGGAGAGCCUGGUGCCAGGGGGUUGGCUGGCUUCCCAGGCAGACGGGGUGAAAAAGGUCCCAUAGGUGUGAAAGGAGCCCUUGGGCAUUUUGGUCCAAAAGGUCUUCGUGGCAGCAAAGGGGAAAAGGGUGACCGAGGGUUGCCUGGCGUCAGAGGAGAGAGGGGGAGCGUGCUUCAAAUCCAAGGACCCCGAGGAUUUAAGGGUUCCAAAGGAGAGGCGGGUGAGCGAGGCCCCCCGGGUUUUGAUGGCGAUAAAGGAGAAAAGGGCGAGGACGGCCCUCCUGGAGUGAAGGGCCUAAAGGGUGAUGCAGGCACUAAAGGGGCGCUGGGGCGUUUUGGAGCACGAGGACCAGGAGGGCAGAAGGGAGAUUCAGGAGAGCCAGGACUCAAUGGAGUCAUGGGUCGCAAUGGGGAUCAUGGAGUCGAUGGGGCCAAAGGGGACAAAGGAGACAUGGGACUGCAGGGACAGAAGGGCGAUAAGGGUGAUCCAGGAGAACCAGGCCUACCAGGAGACAAAGGGGAGAAGGGAGAGAAGGGAUUCAGAGGUCUGCCUGGUCGCACUGGGAGUCCAGGCCUGGAUGGAGAAAAGGGAGAUACGGGGUUACAUGGUACACCUGGCAUACCUGGUCUGAAUGGACUCACAGGGCGCAAGGGUGAAAAGGGACAAGGAGGCAUCAAUGGUGCUGAUGGUUAUCCAGGAGCAAAAGGAGACAAGGGUGCAGCAGGUUUCUCAGGUUUCCCAGGUUUCAAGGGGUCAGCAGGGAAUCCAGGAAGGGAUGGAGAUGAGGGACUACCAGGACCUCCAGGACCGCGAGGGGACACAGGGCCCAAGGGGGGCAGGGGCAGACGGGGCAGAUCAAAGCCAUGUCAGAAGGGAGAACCCGGGACUCCAGGACUUAGAGGAGAGAGUGGUACACUGGGUUUUGAAGGAGGAAAAGGGGAGAAGGGGGAGCCUGGACUCUCGGCUGAAGAAGUGAAGGAGCUGGUCACCCAGGAGGUGGUAGAAAAGUGUGGUUUGGAAUACAAGUUCAUCGUAAAGUCUGUGGAUCCAGAUGGAACGACCGCAGUGACUGAGAAAUAUAAAAAUAAGGCAGGCGAUGUAGAGAUAUCCUUGAACCGUGACCUCCAUAAAGAAAGGAUGGAGGAAGAAGGUGAAGAAGUGGAAGACUAUGGAGACAAACUGGGAGAAACGACUAGUCCUGUGAUCCUACCAAACCGCACUGAUUCUGCGGAGGGAGGAACAGCGGAGUGGGGACGGAGGAAGAAAAGAAGGGUAUUUGGAACAAACACUGCUGCAGGCCGCUGCCUGGAGCCGAUGUCAGAAGGGGUCUGCUCAGAAUAUGUCCUGCUCUGGUACUUCCACCCUCACUCUGGGGAGUGCAGGCCGUUUGUGUACAGCGGCUGUGGUGGCAACAGAAACCGGUUCUCCUCGAGACAGGAGUGCCAGAGCUGGUGUGGGAUGGAGAGGAGUGGUAGGGGGAGGCACCUAGAUCAUAGAUGAAACUGUAACAGCAAAUCAGAUAAGUGCCUCAUCCUGGAGAAGAAACUAGCAACCACAAACGAGAAAAUAAUUUCUGUAAAUAACUUUGUAAAAUGGAUUUAUUUAUAUAUUUUAGCAGCUGUUUCUUAAUUUGUUUUAUGGAC